AUGGUUGUGGCCUGGCUUCCAGUAGAGCUGUGGAUCAAGAUUAUUAAGAACAUUUUCGACCCUAGUUCCCUCCUUGCUUUCCGACUGGUCAAUCAUGCGUGGGAUGACAUUGCUUCCAAGCAACUCAAGCAUGUUGCCUACCUCUCUGUCGAGCCAGGGUCGCUGGAUGAUACCGAAAAGAGGGUGAGCAACAGGAAAACCAGACUGUCCACCAAGGGAAUUGUGGUCUGUCUACCCAACAGUGACCAUUUCUACUUCAGAGAUCCAUGCCAACCCGGCACACUCUCCUCCUCCUCCAACUCUGAGCACCAAGAAAGACUAAGAAGAUUACUUUUGGACGAACUGCCCCGAUUUGAAAAUCUCAUCCACAUGGCGGUGCACUUUCGCCCACCACCGAAAGCACUGGGCCCCCACCAGGCCUCUGCUUUUUCCCAGGAACACUGGAUCUACCACAUGGUGGAAGAUCUUUUCUCUACUCUGAGCCAGUUUUACAAAGGAUUGGAUGAACUCUUUCUCGAGUGCCUUCCGGUUCAUGCGAUGAUUCCUGGUUCUAGUCCCGAUUCGCACCCCCAGCAAUAUGCAGAGGCCCUGGAAUUUUUGCAGGACCUGAACUUGAAGUCGUUGAAACUUGCGUGGGUUGGUCCUGGCGUGUGGCCACCGUCUAAUGCCCCGAUUUGGAAAACAUACGGACCGGCGAAUCUAUGGAUUUCCCCUGUCAAAGACACGCUUCGCCAUCUAUCAAUCUCGUCCUGGGGCUUCUACAUCGUGGAGUGGACUAGAUUUGGUCCCGACGGACCCGACUUCCACAUCCCAAACUUGGAAAGUCUGGAGUUGCGUGCGUGCACUUUCACGAGCGACGUCGGAUUCAAAUGGAUCCUGGCACACAAAAGCACCCUCUACUCACUCAAGUUUGAUGACUGUGCGAUUCUCCACUGUCUACAAACUUCCCCCGACAAUCCUUUCAUCUCCCAAACCCUUGCUAAAAAAGUGGAGAUUAAACAUGGGCUGAAGAUGGGACUUUGUCAACUUCGAUGGCAGGAGUGGUUCCACAAGUUUCGGGCCGGGCUACCGAACUUGACGAAUUUUCAAUUUGGAAGUAGUCGGAUUCGUGAACCCGGAGAAGAAGGUCCUGUUUUUGAGUCUGAGCGUGUGAAGGGUCCCCGUUUCGGCCAGAAGGCGAAGUUUCUGCUUGGACUCUUUCCGGAUCGAUAUCUGGAGAUGAAGCAGAAUCUGGAAGAGGCCCCGUGGAUUUUGGACCCGCCUGCGGAGACCCACAAGAAACGCCCGCAGUGUGACAAGGCUGAUCUUGUGGCUCUUCGGCUACUUCUCAAGUAUACCAAACAGCAUGCAGAUGAGAACUCUACUUCUGACCAUGCCGGGUAUGUUGAGAAUUUGCUGGGUCGUGUCAAGCCAUGA